AUGUCCAGUCCGCUUGUCGUCAGGGAGAGAGAAAGACCAUCAGGGGCGCCUCCCGUGAGUCAGGCACAGCUGCCGGAGAGGACGGUGCAGGACAGCCUCGUGUCCGCGACGGUCCCUCUGGGUAGCGACGGCGCCAUCCGCGACCUGUACCGUUCGUUCCUGGGCACGGUACGUGUCGGCCGCCUCAUGGAAGACAUGGACCUCUUCUCCGUGUGGACCUGUCGUGCCUUUCUUCUCUAUCCUCCAGGGUAUUUUCCCCUUAUCGUCACCGCCUAUGUCGACGAGUUCGAGUUAACACCCUUUCUGCCACAGCCGGACCAGGAUAUCAGGCUGAGAGGGCGCGUGACGUGGACGGGGAAGACGACGCUGGAGGCGGAGGUCCGGAUGGAACAGCUGAAAGGCGAAGACUGGCGGGUGCUCACCAAGGCCUUCUUCGUGUUGGCCGCUCGGACCCUUCACAACGAGCCGAUGGAGGUCAACAGGCUGCGGCCCACCACACCCGCAGAGGAGAAGAUAGUCGCUGCUGGAAACCAGAGGAGGCAGCGGCGCUUCGAGCUGGCGGACGACCGGUCGCUGCUGCAGGCGCCGACCAGCGAGGAGUACGCGAUGCUGCACAGCAACUACCUGGCCACGCUGGCCGGCGGCGACCACUCGCCCGCCUGCCUGCCCGAGACCCCGCGGCGGGCUGGUUGCGAGCGCCUCAUCGAGAGCCGCCUCACCACCACCCUCUUCGCGCACCCCAUAGAUAGAAAUAUGUACAACACCGUGUUCGGCGGGUACAUCAUGCGGAUGGCGCAAGAGCUAUCUUCCGCUAAUACCUACUUGUUAUGAAAGCGAUCAUGAAAACUACUCAACUUGUGAAUUAUCAGUCACGACACUGGCAUUAACUUUAACUACAAUAGCACCUCGUGUACCAACUGGUU